CCGCCGGCCGGUCCAGGGAAGGCGGUGUCCGCGCCUCUGCAGCCAGUGGCAGCCGCGGGUCCGGGCCGGCGGCUCCUGCAACCCCUUGCGGCCCCGCGCCCCAGGCCCUGCGGCCACAGCGGCCGCCGGCGGAGGCAGAGGAGGAAAAGGAGGUGACAAACUCUCCGGCCCCGCGCCGCGGCCCGCAGCUCCGCGCUCAGGCAUGCAGGCGCGGCGUCUAGCCAAGCGCUCCAGCCUGGGCAGCCGCCGGGGGGGCGCCGCGCUGCAGCCGGCCGGGCCUGCGCCCGCGGCCGCCAAGGAAGCCACUCUGCCCGGGCUCCCGCCCCCUGCUCCCGGCCCGGCCCCGGCGCUCGCCCGGGAGAGCUGGAGGCCGCCGCGCAGCGCCGGGACCGGCCCCCCUCGGGCCGCCGCCGCCGCGUCGCCGGUGCUGCUGCUUCUGGGGGAGGAAGACGAGGACGAGGAGGGCGGGAGCAGGCGGCGGAGGGGGCUCGGGCGGGUGGAGGAGAAGCCCCGAGGGGGCGCGGAGGAGGAGGAUGACGACGAGGAAGACGAAGACGAGGAGGUGGUCGUCGAGGUGGUGGACGGCGACGAAGACGACGAGGACGGCGAGGAGCGUUUCGUGCCCCUCGGACCCGGCCGCUCAGUCCCCAAGGGCCCUGCCCGGGGCACGUUGAAGGUGGGGAGCACUAAGCGGGAAAUGACCUUCACAUUUCAGUCAGAGGACUUAAAACGUGACUGUAGUAAAAAAAUGUCUCAUCAACAUGUGUUCUCCUUGGCCAUGGAGGAAGAUGUGAAAACAGCAGACACCAAAAAAGCCAGCCGGGUCCUUGACCAUGAAAAAGAAAACACUCGCUCCAUCUGUCUCCUUGAGCAAAAAAGAAAAGUUGUUUCCUCCAAUAUUGAUGUUCCUCCAGCAAGGAAAUCCUCAGAGGAACUAGACAUGGACAAGGUAACAGCAGCAAUGGUACUAACCAGCUUGUCAACCAGUCCUUUGGUUCGAAGUCCUCCUGUGCGGCCGAAUGAGAGCCUCAGCGGAUCCUGGAAGGAGGGCGGCUGCGUGCCUUCCAGCACCAGCAGCAGCGGCUACUGGAGCUGGAGCGCCCCCAGCGACCAGUCCAACCCGUCCACGCCGUCGCCGCCGCUCUCGGCCGACAGCUUCAAGCCCUUCCGCAGCCCUGCGCAGCCAGACGACGGCAUCGACGAGGCGGAGGCCAGCAACCUGCUCUUCGACGAGCCCAUUCCCAGGAAAAGAAAGAAUUCCAUGAAGGUGAUGUUCAAAUGCCUCUGGAAAAACUGUGGCAAGGUGCUGAGCACCGCGGCAGGUAUCCAGAAACACAUCCGGACCAUCCAUCUGGGGCGUGUUGGGGAUUCUGACUACAGUGAUGGAGAAGAGGACUUUUACUACACUGAGAUCAAGCUCAACACAGACUCAGUGGCAGACGGGCUGAGCAGCCUGGCCCCAGUCUCACCUUCCCAGUCCCUGGCUUCGCCUCCUACUUUCCCCAUCCCAGACUCAAGCCGAACAGAAACUCCUUGUGCCAAAACGGAGACUAAGUUGAUGACGCCCUUGAGCCGCUCAGCUCCCACCACCCUCUACCUCGUGCACACUGACCAUGCUUACCAGGCCACACCCCCUGUGACCAUUCCAGGAUCAGCCAAGUUCACCCCCAAUGGCAGCAGCUUCAGCAUUUCCUGGCAAUCUCCUCCAGUCACUUUCACAGGCAUUCCAGUAUCACCCACACAUCAUCAUCCAGUGGGCACCGGAGAGCAGAGACAGCAUGCGCACACAGUCCUGUCCUCCCCACCCAGAGGCACGGUCAGCCUAAGGAAGCCCAGGGGAGAGGGCAAAAAGUGUCGGAAGGUGUACGGGAUGGAGAACCGAGACAUGUGGUGUACCGCCUGCCGCUGGAAGAAGGCCUGCCAGAGGUUCCUCGACUGAGAGACCCCCAGGCAGAAGGGCUCUGAGCCCUGAGCCGCUCCUGGCCUGCUGCUGUAGGUGUUGGAAAGAGCUUUUCCUGCUGAAUACAACACAGUCGAAGCCAGGAAAACCUUUUCAGGAACCUUGGAGGAAUAAGAGCAAAAACAAAAAAAAUUUUUUUUAAGUCACCGCCUAUGACAGAAGAAAGUUGCUCUUACUGAGAACCCAGUCUGGAGCAGCUAUAACUGGUUUUUUUUUCCUUCAGAAGAAAAGUCAACUUUUUUUGCUGUAUGUCUAGACUGAAAACUGUGGACUUCUGUAGCAAUUGAACCAACAAAGCCCAUUUUACCUAGAAAGUAGGCAUAUUUUGAUAAGCUUUCUGAAUUAUGCCAUUUCCAAGAUUUUUUUGACACUUAAAAAACCAGCUACAGGUUAUUAAGUAGCAUUUGUACAAAAAACAAUACCUACUUUUAUUGUGAAUAAUCUUUUCCCUGUUUUUCCAUUUGACUUCUAAGCGCAGUAUACAUCGGGAUGUGUUGCAAGAAAGCGCAGCACUCUGGACACCUUUUCUAUGUCUUUUUGUUUUUAAGAAUGGCCCCAGCUGAACCAUGGUGGAGCUAUUAGCUUGCAGGGCCCCAGAUGGCAUAAAUUUGAGAAGCAAUUAUCCAUGGAAAUCACCAGCAGACUUCGGCCCCACGCUGAGUUCAGGAAGUCCAGCUGUCACUGUUGGGAAACAUCUAGGAGUCUUCCUUGGAUCCGUAAGAAGCUCUUCCCUAGAGGCUGCACAGCUCACUCUACUGUCUGCCUGCCUCAACUCAGUCAAGAACUGGCACCUGCAGCCAUCUGGGUAAGCCCUGAUGCUUCUUUCAGGGAUGUGCCACAGAUGACAGCUUAGCGCGAUUUGUUACUACUUGUCUGUCAAGAUUGUAGCCAGAAGUCAUUUCGUAGUGACUGACAGGACAUUCUCCAGAGAGCGACAAAGCAGAGUGGCCAGCAGGCAGUGGUGUUAAGCCUUGGGCCUUCCCAGAAGAUGCGUGCUGCAUAGGUGGAGGCAGUGAACAACCUGGAGAAAAGACACGGGUAGCCAGGGAGUCAGGGAGGAAGUACAAGAGGCUCAUGGACACCUGGCUCCCACUCAUCUUCUUGGUGCUGAUCAGCUAGUGGUCACUGUCACUGAGUACCUCCCAAGGAUCUUCCAUUUUCUCCUCUGGGAGCAGCUGCCUGAAGCAAGGGGAGAAUGACCUGAAGGAAAGUACCUCCAGCCAUGAGUGCAGGGCUGCUGUGCCCAGCCCAAGUGGGCAUCUCUAGCAGACACGGACUUCUCUUCACCUCACUAGCUGAAAAGUGUCCUCCCUUGGUUGGCAAAAGCCAGUCAGGAUAAAAGCCGUGGGUUUCUGAGCAAGAAUGUGUGCGCUUAGCUGCAAAGUGCCCAUCAGCAGCUCCAGGCACCAACAAGGUGCCCUUUUCUUAGACAAUUCCUCACCCAAACAUAACCAUGUUGCAGAUGCAAAUUUUUAAUAGAGAAUGACACAAUUCUUCACCUUUCUAAAAACUUUUCAAAGAGAUAGUCACGUGUGUAUAUGUUGCAAAAGAUUUUUGAAACUGAAAUGUCCUCCAUUAAAUCUCAAGAUCACUCAAGUUUCUUAAGUCUGCUGCUUCUGGUGUCACACUAAGCCACACUUUUGAAAGCAGCCCUGGGUUCUGAAUUAGCUGGCACUGCUGAAUCCACAUCCCUGCUUCAUCAGACUCCAAAGCGCAAAGGUUCAGAGAAAAGUGGCCAGAAUUGUACAUAGGAGAAUCCCUUGAGAAUAGUAGCAAAAGACUGUAAAUAAUAUUCAUUUCCUCAGGGAAAAAUAAAGGGCAUGCAAAAAAUAGGUCUGGAGACUCCUAAAACUAGGAAGAAUUUUGUUAUCACUAAAGUCUUUUCUAGUCAGAACCAUUUUUUUUUUUUCAAAUGAACAUGGUAUCAUUUCAAGACAGAUUUAUGUGAACUGAGCAGUACUGACAUUUGUGAGGCAUGGGGGAGUGCCCUGGGAAAAUGAGCUGUUUCGCUUGUAGCUGACCUAUAGCCUAAGGCUAACAUUUGAACUACAGGUGCAAUGCCUGGGGGGUAUUCAUAGACUCAUGUAAGGCUUUUUCUGAAUGUAAUUGUGAAUACAAAGCCUUGCUGAUCCUUUUUAUUAUUACCCAUUGGGUGACUGUUUAUUAGCUAUCAGCAGAAUUCUGUAAGUGAAAGCAAGCCCUGAGCAAUGUACAUUUUGCUUUAAUAGCAUGUUAGCAAACAAACUUCCAUGGACUCUUGUGGACAAGGUGCUGCUUUUUCUCAUGACCCUGUAGAAUUGCUAUCGACCACUUCUUCUGUAGCAUUGACCUGUGUGAACUCGGGGAAGAAUUUGUGCAUACAAAUGAGUGGAAACAGAGCAGGAUUCAUGAAUAUGAAUGAGAUGCGGAUCAUUUUGGAGAAUGCCCUGGGCACACGGGUCAACUGGAAAUUUCAUUUCUCUAAGUAGCCCUGCCGGCGGCACAGACUGUCCCUGUUCCCCCUACCUGUGGGGAUUCCUCCAUAGUGGAACUGUUUCUUGUGUCUUUUUUCCAUUGUAACUAGCCAAACCUGAAGUCAGUAAAUAAAAUGAGAUUAGCACUUUUAGGUACCAGUUGUAUCACUGAGUAAUGCACAUCAAUAGAGCAAGAAGGAUAAAAUGUAUUUAAGACCAACUGGUUUGCUUAUUAUGACUGACUUUGAAAAAGCCCGUAUCCAAUGAUAUACAUGCUUUAAAAGGUAUAUCUAUUAUAGGACCAGGAACCAAAAUGGGAAUUUUACUUCUGGUCCUGUUUUGUAAAUAGUUCCUUUUUUUGAAGACAAUCUCAUGUUUUAUAACUUUUGUUGUGGGUCUGAGAAUCACAAUGGUAAUAUGUUAUGGCAAAAUGUAAUCUUUAAAUACAAAAACAAUUAUAAUUUAAUUUUCCAAAUAAAACAAGAAAUAUACUGGUUAGGCUUCUACAGUUCUAAGAGACAUGACACUUUGGUCAUAAGCAUCAGUACUCAACUUCUCAAGUUAACUGGAAAUAUUUUACAAGAUGCAGUGUUUUGUAAUCACAGAGAACACAGACAUUUUGUGAGAAAUGACCUUGGUUUUAUACAAUGUAGCUUAUUUUUUAAAAUAUAGUAUUUUACCAGACAGGAAGUGUUAAUAUUAUAAGUAAUUCCUGCUCACCAAAGGGCUAUGUCUCUUUUAAGCAAAUGUUUUGAUGCAUAUCUUCUUAAUUAACCCUCUGCAGCAAGGGUAGAAAUACAGAUCAGAUGGAAUGGGUAUAAGAGAAUCAAGAUAGCAGCAGCUACUCCUUUUAUCAUUACUAAUGUGUUUGCAAAGUAUGGAAAAAGAUGCCUGAAGUGUCAUUUUAUAUAUUUUAAGUCUAAAAAAAUGGUAACAGAUAUGCUUAUAGGCCAUGGGAGAAAUAUUCUUAUAAAUUUUUUAGUGUAAAAUGAUAAAUUCUGUGUCACAAACACAAGUUUACCACUUGACCUACCAGAAUCACAAAUACUUGCAUUUAACUAGCAAGUAUCAUUCGGUGGAAAUUUCUAAAUUCACAGUAGAUAGGCCCAAAGAUAGAAUUCUUAGGUGAUCAGCAGUGUUUAAAAUAAUUUUGUCCUCAGCACUAACUAUAACUGUAAUUUCCUCAUAAGAACAAGUGCUUCCAAAAUAUAGUGGAGGGAAAAAAGAAAAAAUAAAUUAAAUUAAAUAAAUAAAUAAAAACAAGUGCUUGAUUCUUCACUGUAAGAACUAGCAGGCACACGAGGUUGUGUUCAGAAAGUGACUGUGUUUCCAAGAACCAGGAAACAGAGGGGAGCUGUGGAGAGUUUAUUAAAACUGCACAAAUAAUUCAGAGCUUUGCCAAAACCAUUUCAUAAUGCCCUAUGGUUUUUUCAAGCCCACCCACUGUUAAAACAAGAAAGCAUCUUUUCUUUCUAAGAUUUUAGUAAUCCAAAAGCUAGCCUAAUUAGCCAAGGAUGCAGAUAACAUCGAAAGCAAAGCUGAGAUAGAACAGCCAUACACCCCCUGGGCAGCUCUUAUGAUGUGGUCAGAAGGUCACUCAGACCUUGGUUUCAAAUGGGCUUUAGAAUCUGCACACGUGAGGACGAGAAACGCACAGAGUUUGGGAAAACUGUGCACAGCCCUGGCUCCUGGUCUUUGAGAUGAGGCGUCCUGCAAAUCUCUGUUUUCACUCCUUGGAAUGUCUCCAUUAUUAGCAUUAAAGUCCCCAAGCAGUUUUUAUUGCUGUACGGUUUUGAACCAAAUGAGUCUCAUUUCCUCCUUAAAUAGAAGAUUCGUAAUUCUAAAUAGGAGAGGUUGUAAAUAUCAGUGCCUCAGAAGGACCAGGCAAGUUCUGUAAAUGAUUGAUGUGGAUCAGGCAAAGAGGAACACAAGAAUGGUGGGGACCGCAUUGAACUGGAGAACACAUGCCCUCUUUGAUGGGGUGCCCACACUCAGCUCUAGACAAUCAGAACCAUGCAGAAAUCAGGCCCAGGGCUGCUAGAUCAUCUGACUUGGAAAUAUGAUAUUACCUGACAUAGAAGUGUUGACAGCUAAUUCAAAUUCUUGGCCAACACUGUGCAGACCAAAGAAAAGCUGUACACGGGCAGGUGCAGCCUGCAGCCCCUAGUUUCAACUAUUGGGGAAAGUGGAUUUCACAUUCCAUGGUUGUCAGGUUAGGUUCAGCCAUCAGCCCCACAAACUGGCAUGUUGGCACUAUCUGGGCAACUAAAAUUAAGAGGGGAAAGAGGUCAUGUCUCCCCAGAAAUCAUUCUGAUGGCAAAUUUGAAUAUAGAUAUGCUGAGUUAUCCAGCUCUCUCUCUCUCUGCCUCCUUUUGGCAUGCCCAGGCUGUGCCCCCCAGAGCAUCAAAUCACUGUUUUCUUAAUUUUCUGUUUUCUACCGUGGCCACUGUGAUGAGGGGCUGGCAAAGAGCAGCCUUGUGCCUUCUGAGAAGGCGGCCAGGAGCCUCUGAAGCUUGACACGAGCACACGUUGCCUCGUUGUGCCAAAGCCCUCUGCCAGCCUCCCCACGCUCCUUCCCUCUCCAUCCUGCCUCAUGAGUCUUUGUUCCCGUGUAACAUUACCACUGCUUCACCUCUGAUACAGCGAAAAGCCUUGCUUCAGAACUGGUAGGCACUUAGGUUAUUUUGGAGUGUCCACUAACCUCAAAAGGAGGUUUUUCCACAUACAAAACCCUAGCAUCUUCGAAGGCAAAAGCAAAAUGAGAAUAAAUGUGUCAUGAAAAAAAUUAGAAGUUUCUUCCUUCAUUUAGAUGGACUAAGUUACAUUAAACUGUGUCUUACAUCGGAGCCCUGAUGGUAUUGGGAUAAUCACUGACCCUUUCACAACACCGUUUCAUUUGAUCCUUGUAAGAACCCAGUGUAGAAUAGGAAUAGUUAGAUUCACCACUACCCACCUCCGAGGCCAACCCAGAAUAGUCUUGAACCUGAAUCAGCCUCAAUAUUGAUUGCAAGGAAGAGGGAAAGGGCUCAUUAAAGGCCUGGCUCAGACCUUAGUCUUCCAGACUGACUAGGGACUUAAGAAGACCCAGGGACCCCACCAUGUUCUCAACCCGUCUUUUCAGUUCAGGCCUUUCAGCAGAGACAUGAAUAGCCCAGCCGUUACUUAAUUCAUGUUGCCAAGUGCAAACUGAUUUAUCCCCAAAUGAAUCCCUUUACUGUAACGAAUCCCUAAUUCCUAAAUUCCAACCAAUUUGAUAGUUAAUUAUAGAAGCUUAUUAGCUAAAUGUAUGUUCUGAGUAAAAAUUUUGACUCCUUGGGGAAAAUUUCUUUUGCUGCUAGCAUACAAUAUUUGCUAUGUAUAUAAACUUAAGUCAAUGCCAGAAAUUUUUUAACCAGCUCACAUUUAUAAUCUGUAAUGAUCAAAUCAAAACAUACUGUAAACUCAGUUGGAAAUGCCUGGUAAUAUGGUUAAGUUGUGUUUAAAUGUGAAUGCAAUUUACAUGACAUUGGCAAUGCCUGAGACUUCUUUCAUUGUGAAUGAUUAAAAGGCAGUCCAAUAUACGAAUGGCUUUCAUCUUACCCAUCUCCCAUUGAUUUACUAAGUAUAACAUCUUGAGUUUAGAGUAAAGUCAUUCACAGGGAGUUUAGUCGUGGAGCUAGAAGGAACCUCAAAAAAACCGUUUUGGCCAGACUUCCAUGUCAUGAACAGGCUUUUUGAUGAAUGAUACUUAUUAUUUGUUUCUAAAAUAAUGCAGUGUUGGAGAAGGAAACAGUCUAGUGCUUUCCUCUUCUGAUGGAAGAGAAUCAGCACCAUUGCUAUAAUAGGAACAGGAUAUAAAAAGACCCAUGAAGAAAGAAAGAGGAAGAAAGCUAUGGUUCCAAAAGCAGGUACCGUAGGUUUUGAAAGAAGGUAGUGAUGGUGAUUAAACUGUAGUCCUUGUUUUCUAAAAUGUUCUUUCAUGUUAGGCACCAUCCACAUAGUUAUUAACCACCGACUUCCAAAGAGAAGAUCCCCUUGAUUUAUAUGUGUUGUGAAAAUACUAAAAAUUAAUUCUCAAGUCUAAUUAACUAUUACAUUCUCUUACUAGGGCUAUUUCCCUUAAUUUUUAAUUCAGAAAAUUAAUCAGUUGACCAGGUGCAGUGGCUCAUGUCUAUCAUCCUAGUACUUUGGGAGGCCAACGCAGGUGGAUCACUUGAGGUCAGUAGUUUGAGACCAGCCUGGCCAAUAGGCAAAGAAAGAGUGAAAACAAGAAAAAACAGUGAAACCUUGUCUCUACUAAAAAUACAAAAAUUAGUCGGGUGUGGUGGUGCACACCUGUAAUUCCAGCUAUGCGGGAGGCUGAGGCAGGAGAAUCCCUUGAACCCGGGAGGCAGAGGUUGCAGUGAGCCAAGAUUGUGCCACUGCACCUGGGGGACAGAGUGAGACUAUCAGUAAAGAAGGAAAUGUCCUUUAAACAAACAAAAACAAACAUGCCUGUCUGUUUCUUCUGAAGUCUCUCUACAUCCUUAAGAGGAAAACCAGCACUCUAGGGAAGAAACUGAGCUUUACAAGAGAAUAGUCCCCAUUCUAGCUACCAGUCUUGCUUUCUCCCAUUUUGGCAACCCCCAAUGAAUUUGCUACUGAAAAGGUUACUCUCCCCUUUGCCCUCAUCUCCCUGAGCUAGAGGCCAGACUGUUGUUAAUGGUUUUCAAUUCCAAAGCCCCUGAUGGACAUUCUUGUUUCUGUGCUACUGCUUUCUCUCUCUUAAAGUGCAACGGGAUAAAUACUACUAUGACUGGGAUAUUAGGCUCAGUGUGGCUAUCCCCUUCCUUCAGGGGAAAAAUUCCAUCUGUCUGAACCGUUUUAGGUGAUCAUGAGUAGAGCAGCUUAGUCAGCAGCCAGCCAGCCACACUCAUCACAAAAGAUUUGUUCAAACUCACUGUAAAGAAUGACAAGACAGACAGCUAAUCCUUUCACUGUGCCUCGAAGCUCCCCUGUGCAAGUCACCAACCCUACCAGUCCCUUUCAUAUGCGAGGCUAACAGAGUGAUCAGAACCACCUUAGGAGGGGACAGAGGGCAGAGCAAGAGGGCUCCACGUUUAAUUACUCCAGGCUCUGACUUCUGCCCACAAUUACAGAGCAUGAAGGCAGAAUUGGCCUUUAGUAUGUGAAAAGGAAGUGAUUCCUACAGGGUAUCAUUGUUAUAGUUUCAUAUUUAUGGAAAGAGAAAAGGACUCCAAUUCACUCAUGUUGUUAAGGGCUUGUCCCUCACUCCACUGGAGCCCCCUUUCUAUGUUUUGGGCACAGAUGGCUGGGACCAAGAGGAGGGAGGAAGAGCUCUUAGGGCCAGCAGCUGCCAGAGUGUGAAUUACCCCUCAGGGAUCUACAGCAGAGUUUAAUGAUAAACUACCCACACACCCCCAGAAAAGAUUGAGGAGCAAUGCAUAACUUUGCAGAUUACAAACCCUUGUUUUACUUUUUAGACCUUUUUUCCAUACUCUGCUUCAUUGGAACUCAAUGGCUGUGAUGUGACCAACACCUGUGAUGAUAGCAAAGCCCCUCCUUCCACAGUCUCCUGACUGUCGGGGACCUCCUUGGUCAUUGAUAGAAAGCUUUAGAAAACACUUAGAUUUUUAGGGAAGAACUAAAAAGUCCCCAAAACAUACUAGUCCAUGACUUCAAUAACUGAAAAUGUCCUCGGUGUAAACUAACCCAGGAAUCUGGAUCAUACAUGUUUAAAAAAAAUCCCAUGAAUCAAUAUUUUCCUAUAACACACCCUAAAAUUCCUAUUUUUGUAAUUAAUGGUUGAACAGUGAUCAGCCAUUUAAACAUAGGCUCUCUGGAAUAACCAGACGCUAGAAUAGUUUCCAAAGUGUUUUGUGUAUCAAAAUCCUAUAUACUUAGAAGAAGAACUCAGGAUAAGAAAAAAAUCGCUAGGUCCCAAAGUUCAUGACUGUCAUCAGAUGCAACUGCGAGUGGCCUACGGUCAUUUUUUCAAAUGAGAAGGCUGGAGAGAGAGAACAACAGUAAUCACAAAACCUCUGCUGCCCUUAGUCCAUGACAAUGUUUAAGGAAACUUUUUAAAAUUAAGCCAUCUUUUGAAUUGUUUUCUAUACCAAAUCUAAAAUAUUAAAAUGAAAUUAUUAAAUAUUUAAAAUGGGGUAUUUAGUGGAAAUGCAAUCAGUAGACAGCAUUGCUUUUUAGUGCCUGCUGAACAAGGAGAAAGAAUGAAGAGAAAACAGCUGUCCUACCUGUGUGACACUCGUGUGAAAAUGACAGGUAUUCACAGGUCAUUGAGCACUAACUCAGAAGCUAGGCGGCAAUGCCAUCCAAUGGUUAGAGAUCUUUUGAAAUAUAAUCUUACCACCAUUCGGAGGUAAGUACUUGCUUACAAAGGUCUUUAAUAUUAGUAAAUGAAUGUAUAAAAUUAUAAACUAUGCAUUUUCAAAGAGUAACAUGUAUUUUAUAUUAAAUCCAAGUAAAUUUUUUUUCAUAGCUGCCUACCACAACUGCAAAUUAUUCAAAAUAAACUUGGAUACAUAUCCUUAUAGGGAUAUGGGACACCCAUCCAUAUUCUCCUACUUGAUGUUUUUAAAGAUUGAAACUUUUAAACAUCAGGCUCUAAGAAAUUCCAUCAAGAUGAAUAAAUGGGGAAUGGUUUUUUACUUCUUAAGCAUAAAUGGGAAAUGUUGGCUGUUAAAAAAUGUGCCCAGUUCUUUAAAGGUGGAUGUUCUAGUAACACUGGAUUAACAAGCAAGCAAAACUGCAUGAAGUGAACGAAUAUUUCAUUGUAUAAAUAUAGCACAGGUUUUAUCUGUUGGAUUUAAUUCUAAAUCUAAGAAAAAAAUGUUCUUCAAGAGGUUUCAGUUAUAGUUUCAAAUAACAAAAUAUGAAAAUAUUGUUCAGCAAAGCAAAUAAUUGAUCUUUUUUCAAAAUUACUUAUAUUUUGGAAAGUCUAUAUAGAAUAUACACAAAUUUCUUCAGCCCUCUUGAUUUCAUAUUUUCAUGAAACCUUUUCCCCUAAUAAUUUGUCUUUACUAUUUAAUCAGUGCUUUACUAUAUUACUCCACAUGAAAAAAUAUCCUUUCCUUCAUCUGACAAUGUGGAAAAAAAGAACUCCAUUUCUCUGCCAUUCUGGUUCUCUUCAAUGUCCAUUGAGAAAGUUUCUCAACUGUUUGUAAAAUGCGGGGAAAAAAUGCAUUUCUAAACCUGGUACUUAAGGUUAUACUGGAUUGUUUGCUACCUAAUUAGAAGUUAUUAGGGGAGGGGCAAUGUAUCUUUUUAUAUGAUUUUUAGCCAAAUCUAGAUGUUCUGAUACACAUUUCUGAAUACCUGUCUGACUGUAAAUACAGCCUGCGGAGGUUCAGGUUGAUAAACCUUUUACCUGACUGUUCCUCAGCCAUGCUCCUUGCCAGCUUCUGGCACAUUGUACAUAGAUUUGUCAAAUGUUUAAAUGAUGUUGUUUUUCUAAAUGCUGUUCUCUACAACAAUUUUUUAAUUUCUUUUGCUGUCCAUUGUUUUGGACUUUGUGUGUUCGUUUAAAAAAAAAUUCCUAAAUAUUUAACACCAGGAAAAAUAUUUUUAAAUAAACUGGUGCUAAUUGAAACAGAAGGAAAUUUUCAUAUUGAAGAUGUACAAUAUUAAAUGUUCACACCAGUUAAACUGCACUUUCCCAAGGGGACAGCUGGCAUCUACCUGAAAUGGGCAUCAAGAGACCACCAAAUGUUUACAGUUUCUGUGGCCUAUCUAAGUGUAAAAUGCAGAAGUGACUCUGUCCCCCCAGAGUUGAGGAUUUGCUACUCCGGUUCUCUGGAAGCAUUUAAGUAGAAGAAAAGGUUUAUAGUAAGAAUCACUUUAGUAAUCGUCUUCUGGUCCUUGGACUUUUCUGUUCUGUAAUGCUUGUAACAAUGAAUAUGGUGUUGCCAAUCUAGUCUGAUAUCAUCGUUGACUUGUACUUACUUUGUGGAUGGUUCUAUCUGGGGUUACACUGGCACAAACAGAGCCAGAACACUGGACUUUCAAUAAUACCAUUUUGACUUCUACAAUGUCCACACACAUGAAUUUAAAUGCACUUGUAACUGGUUAAUUACCAUGAAGUAAGUCUAACUUCCACUUAAUAAAAGUUUUUGUGUAUCUGCUUCUA